CAACAGAUUCUUAACACCAUGGCCAUGGAAAAGUUAUGGGCUGCUGUUACCGAGCCUGAAAUGACAGUGUUUGAAUUACAAUUGAAAUCUUAUGGAAAUAUAACUACAGUAGAGAGUAAAAAGAACUGCACAUGCUUAUUUGUGAAAACGUAUCUCAGUAUACUUCAAGAAUUUGGAGUGAAGCAAUUAAAGAUUGAAGCAGUUAUCCAAGAGCUGAAGAAGAAUACGUUUUAAUCGUAUCUAAUUUAUUUCAAUUUUUGCACAGGUGCGACGCCAUGGAGAAAGUUACUUAAGAGAGAAGAUGUUACUCUGUUAAAUCAGUAUCACAGCAGCUCAGUACUUGCAAAACAUUCACCAGGUUUCCAGAGACACAUGUAGGAGUAUGUGUUGUGGCAAAUACUACAUACUGCAUGAUGAUACAUUUUGACCCAAGUCUAAAAAUAAAUCACAAACUACUAAACAUGGAUACUGGAGCAGUGACCUGAAGAGGGCGGUAUACAGGAUAUUUCCUCACAGUGAAGGUAUGAUGGGCCCUGUCACUGACACCUCUGUGGAUGUCAACAUUGUCUGUUUAAACAUUGGAUUCAUGUCAACAAGUAUUCAAAGGAAUUUAAAUAUGUUAAAUAAAAAAAAAGUGAAAUAAUAAAAACCAUCAAAUGAAUGAAAUGAUAAAAAAAUCAUGUAUCAAUCAAACAUUCCAACAGGCCCUUGUAGUGUUCACGGAAAAAAACAUUUGGCUUGUUUAUCUAGUAAAACACACUGUUUAGUGUUUUGUAAAUCACAGACUACAGGCACCAGUGUAAAUACAAUCUCAUUUUAAAAACAAAUUCCACUAGAAUUUUUAAUUAUUUCUACAAUUUCAAAAAAGUGUAAAUGUAUUAAGACUUGAUAAUGAAACAAUGUCAAAACAAACAGAUCUUUAACCUUAGCUGCGACUGCAGCAAUGAUUGGAUUCGUUUCUGAUUAACUCCCGGAACAAAGAUUGUAACAGCCAUUUGACAUUUGCAUUCAAAACAAGGCAGUAACACUUUGGUGUGUCCUCGUUUAUCUGAUGCUCAUGAAGCAGCUCAACCUGUAAGGCUGCAUUGCAUUAGCAUUUCUGUGUGUGUAUAAGUUCCUGGACUAGUCUUUUCUCUCAGAAUAUUUUCAGAAGCUGCUGGCGUGCAGCUCACACCAAGACAUGGCCUCCUACACUGCCUACAGCGGUUACAGUAAACCUCCUCAAUCGUACGUGGGCUCCUACUAUGAUGAGAAACAAGCGAAGCAGUACACAGAAUACCAAGACUCCGUAUAUGAGGAAAAGAAAAGGAUCGAGAGGAAGGACCGCAGGGACGCCAUCUGCUGCGAGGUGGUGGCCCUUGUCAUCGGGUUCAUUGGACUAAUCGGAGUGGCGGCCGUGACCGGUCUGCCCAUGUGGAAGGUCACAGCUUUCAUCGAGGAGAACAUUAUUGUAAUGGAGACACGUUGGGAGGGACUGUGGAUGAACUGUUACAGACAGGCCAACAUCAGGAUGCAGUGCAAAGUCUACGAUUCCCUGCUGUUUCUACCCCCCGACCUCCAGGCCGCCAGGGGUCUGAUGUGCGCCGCCGUGGCCCUCACCUCAUUCGCACUCAUCGUUUCAGCAGUGGGAAUGAAGUGUACCAAAGUGGUGGACCACCGCGCUCGAACCAAGCACAUCGUCCUUGUGGCCGGAGGCUUCCUCUUCCUCAUGGGCUGCGUCACUACACUCAUCCCCGUGUCCUGGACUGGCCACGUGAUCAUCAGGGAUUUCUACAACCCUCUGCUGAUCGACGCCCAGCGCAGGGAGCUCGGGGAGGCCCUCUAUAUCGGCUGGGUGACCGGAGCUUUGCUUUUCACCGCUGGUGUGAUCCUGCUGUGUCGUCACGCGCCGCGCGCCCAGGAGGCCGAAGAGAGGGUUGUCUACAACCCUAGGGGAAAUUUGUACCAACCAGCAUACACAUACCAGCCGUACACAUACCAGCCUGCGUACAGCUACCAACCAGCCUACUCUGCACCACCACCAGGAUCUGUAGCCUACACACCCAGUCAGUACUAGUGACGAAAACUGAAUGAAGGAACUUUUUUUUUUUAUGUUUUUUUUUUUUUCCAAAGUUGUCACUGGGCGAGGCCAGAUCUUUCCUUCACAGAGGGACUAGAGUACGGCAAAGAUGUGAAAUAUAAGUUGGAGCAGCUGUGUUCAAAUGUAACUGAUGAACCGUGCUGAACGUGAUUGUGUUUUUAACCAUAUGUUUAACUUCACCAGGCACAUUUUAAAAUCUGUGUCUCUAUAAAUAUGUUGACUGUUAUAGUUUCAUACUACUGACGCUCUUUGAGAACAAAUGAUGCACUAGGUUUCCGCUCUCCCCAGAAAGGUAACCUCCACAUGAUUCGUUAGUUUUUAUUAUUUUGUUACUGUGACUGUAGAUACUUUUGAACUGCGUGACAAGGUCAGCUCUGAUUUACAAUAAAGGGGAAAUACUGGGA